UGAUAUGUCUACUUCAUUUUUUAGGGGUGCUGAAGUAGCUACAGGAAAUUCAAGAUAUGGUUUGGCAGAAUCAGGAAACUUUCUAAUGGAUAAUACAGACUGUAAUGGAGAUGAAAGUACUUUGCAGCAUUGUUCAUAUGAUACUGAACAUGACUGUGAAGAAAAUGAAGCUGCUGGAGUUAUAUGUAAACCAAACCCUGGCUGCAAACCUGGUUGGAUUUCUGGUCCAAGUGGUUGCUAUCGUUUGUUUAUUGGCAAUGCUCGAAGACUCAAUGCCAAAGAAAUGUGUUACACUAAAGAUAGUCAUUUAGUAAUCAUUGACAGUUUGGAAGAAAAUGAUUUUCUUUCAGUUUUACUUCAGACCAAUAAUGAUAAUCAUGUCUGGUUGACAGAUGGUUUCAGGUAUGGAAGGAAUUGGGCAUGGAGAUAUCAGAGAGAAGCUAUAUCUACUUUCCAUUGGUUUCCUGGAUGGAUGCCUAAUAAGAAGUCUGCAGAGCCAAGCAAAAGAGGGAGAUGUAUUAGUUUAUCCAAUAUGUUUGAUUAUAACGGAGAACUGUAUAUGACUAGUUACUUCUUCUGGAAGGUAUCUAACUGUAACUCAGUGACAGGUUUUAUCUGUGAACGGAAGAAAACACCUCAUAUCACAGAAGGUAUGUAUGCAAGCUGGUUCUCCACCUUGAUUUUUUUUAAUGAUCAUUCUAAGAAGGAAUAGUGUUUAGAAGAACAU